GUGCUCCAUCUAUGCCUAAGCAAUCUAUUACUCUUUGGGCUCUUUCUCAAUUGAGACCGAUUACCGACGCAGUGAUGAUCAUCUUCUUCCCCUUGGAACCAGAGAUCAUUCCGUGACCUGAUGGGAUGGUUCAUCUCGAUCCCACCUGAUAUUGUGAUAGUGUCCCUUUUCAGAGUAAGUCCGAACACGUUGUAUGUCACUCCCAAGUUGUCAACUGCUAGAACCUUUAUGACAAAUAGCUCUGGAUUAGUUCAGACUCGAAGACCUGAGGAAAACUAUCUCCUGUGA